UCUCUAGGUCGGAGAUCUUUGGAAGAAAGAUCCAGAACAAAGAUGAGUGGAGAAGGUGAGAAGCAGAUGGUCCCUGCAUCAGAGCUCUAUCAUAUUAGUGAAGAAGCUGCUGUUCUUCCAGAAUCUGCCAUUAUGCAGGAAGGCUUGAUACCAGAACCUCCAAGGGAAGAAAAAUCACUUCAGGUGCCAAUCACCUAUGAUGAACCAGUCCCAGGUGCAGCAAAACCAGAUGAUGCAGAUGUGAGACCUACAAGGGAUGCACAGGAAGAAAAAGCUGAGGGUAUGGAAGUGCAGGCUGUUGUUGAUGUACCACAAUUUACAGAAAGACAGGAAGAAGUGUCUGAUCUUUUGGAGAGAUUAUGUUUAAUUGUAGGGUUGUCUGAUGAAGCAUACUCAUUUGAUGACUUAUGUCCACUGUCCACUGCUAAAUCAACAGCAGCUUCUGUUUUCUUGCAUCUGUUAGAUCUGGACAAUCGACAAAGCAUCACUUUAGAGCAAGAUAACAGUGCAGACUUUGCACCUAUUUACAUUACACCGACUGGUGAAUUAUAAUGCCACUGAACUGGACGAACAUGUCAUUUGCAUGAUCCAUCUUAUAAAGAUUUACAUUGUAUACAAUAUGUGUGAGAAUUGAAUUUGUUUUUAGUCACAGUGAAGAUUAUAGAAUCAUACGA